UUCACUUGCUCACUUUCAUCUCGUACAGUUUAGUGCUUAGCUCGUAGCGCAACAGCUCUCUCGCUCUUAUUUUGAGUUUUCCCGUUCUCCCGUCAGUGUCUCCGUCGUACGCCCACUGCAACCAACAACGCACGCCUUGCACCCCUCUUGUCGUGGUGUAGUCUCAGUACCGCCAUACCCGCGAGAGGAUAAACACCGUGACAGUCGGUUCAUUUUUAUGUUUCGCGUUGUGCUUUUCCGUUACUUGUGUCGUGUGUCAACAUCAAUAAAUAAUCAAACUUACUAAAAGACCUCAACUAUAAAUUUUGCGGUCAAACACCAAACACCAUCGGUAGAAUCAUUUCCUACCUAAUAAAUUAAGUGAUUGAGUGGUUUCGGCGCCAAAAGACAUUUUUUGGUUAAAUUAUCUAGUGCUUUAUGUGUGUGUAAGGUGGAUGCUUGGAUUAAUUACCGGAAUGGACGUGUUUAAAAGUGAUUUGUUAAUUAUACAAAGAAUAACUUAGAGAUUACAAAGAUUAUGUAGACGAUCAAGUGGUUGAAAGAAUAAUCAAGUGUUUUAGAGGUUAAAGUUAAGACAUUUUGCACGCAUUAUUAUGUGGAUUACUAAGUCUGGAGUAAUAAUAAAGCAAGAUAAUUCUUGAUUAUUAAGGAUCAGAAGACGAGGGUUUUCUUCAGCGGUAAAGGAUCGCGAGUCGAUCCAACAUGCCGGAGAAGGAGGUGGCUUACCACCAGGAGGCUUUCUCCCUUUUGCCGCCUGCACCGCCGCCACACCACCCCCACUCUGCAUUUCAUGCGGCCUUUCACCCUCAUCCGCAUCAUGGGCCGCCUCCACCGCCGUUUCAUACACAUCAUGGACCGCCUCCGCCGCCCCAUCCAGCCGUUGCUGCUGCAUGGGAACAUCACGCGGCUGCUGCUGCCGCUGCUGCAGCAGCUUUUCAUGCACCUCCACCUCAUCCAUUAUCGGGUGGCACGCCAGCAAUCGGUAGCGCAGGCAGUCCAGGUGGUUGUGGAGCUGCCAGUGGAAACGGCGGUAAUUCGGGAGCUGGUGAAGCACCGACUGGACCAGGAGGAGCACCCGGUGCCACUGCAAACGGCACAACAACCGGGGAUUUCUUUCGGCGAAGUCAUCCUCUCUCGGAUCAUACGCCUCUUCAUCCAGCUUAUCGUCUCAACUACAUGGACCACCUUUAUCAUCAAAUCCAGGCCUCUACUCACAGUCCCAACGCCUCAUUACACGGGCUGGGUGGAUUGGGGCCAGAGUACCUUUUACACGCAGCUGGACCAGCAAGUACCCUUGCAUCCUCGGAGUUUCCCUUUUCCAUCGAUGGUAAGAGCCCAGCAUCUUCAAGAUUAGGAAGUCCACGUGCUUCAGCCAUAAGAGCAAGUCGCAAACGAGCAUUAAGCAGUUCUCCGUACUCAGAUCGCUUUGACAUCGACAGCAUGAUUCGCUUCAGUCCUAACAGUCUCGCGUCAAUCGUCAAUGGUUCGAGGAGUAGCAGUGCCAGUGGUAGUUACGGUCACCUCUCAGCUGCAAUGAGUCCAGCUCUCAGUAUGCAUCCAGGAAUGGCACCACAUCUUCAACAGCUUCAAGCACAUCUCUUGCGUAGUGCAGCAGCUGCAGCUCUCUUGCCUCAUCCUCUACAACCUCCAGGACCACCACCACACCCACAUGGUCAUCCUCAUUCUCACAGUCUAUCACCACAUACUCAACUAUUCGUACCACCUCAUUCUACUUCUGCCACUGCUCUGGGACCACACAGUGGUGGAAUACCUUCGAAAACUGAGGGCACCGAGUCAUGCAGAAAAGCAUCCGAUACAUCAAGUAGAUCAAUAGCAGCUGAAGCUGAUACUUCAUCAAGAAGACAAUCUACUAAAGUUAAAAGGGAACCUGCUACCACAACAACCACAACACCAACUACUGCUCCACUUACUCAUCCUCAAGGUCUUAGUCCCAGUGAAGAUCUUAGAGAUGAACCUGGAGAUUUCAUCGAAACCAAUUGCCACUGGCGAGACUGUGGUCUCGAGUUUCCCACUCAAGAUGAUCUUGUUAAGCAUAUUAACAAUGACCAUAUUCAUGCGAAUAAAAAGAGCUUUGUGUGUGGAUGGGAAGAUUGCUCGAGAGAGGAAAAACCAUUCAAAGCCCAGUACAUGCUUGUAGUUCACAUGAGAAGACAUACAGGUGAAAAGCCUCACAAGUGUACGUUUGAAGGGUGUUUUAAAGCAUACUCAAGGUUGGAGAACUUGAAAACACAUUUGAGAUCUCAUACCGGCGAAAAACCAUAUACUUGUGAAUAUCCGGGAUGCAGUAAAGCUUUCAGCAAUGCUAGUGAUCGUGCUAAACACCAAAACAGAACUCAUUCUAAUGAGAAACCUUAUGUCUGUAAGGCUCCAGGAUGUACGAAGAGGUAUACAGAUCCAUCAUCAUUGAGAAAACAUGUAAAAACAGUACAUGGUGCUGAAUUUUAUGCGAAUAAGAAGCACAAAGGUGGUGGUGAUGGAGGAGGAAGUGAUGAAGCUGGUGCAGGUGGAAACAGUCCAAGUAGGAGUGAAGAUCUGCAUCCAAAGACUCCAAGUCUGUCUAGCCCGAGUGUCAAGUCUGAAAGUGAAGCUAAUAGCCCUCCAGGAAUGAUUCAGCAACAAGGAAGUCCACUUGUCGGUGGAUGUACUGAUGAAAUUACUGGCGGUGGUAUGGCUAUAGAUGGGGUCGUACUUGAUGAACCUUGGAGUGAAGAACCUGAUGAUCUUGAUAUCGCAGACCUACCAGUUGCUCUUCGUGCAAUGGUAGGAGGAUUAGAGACGCAACAAGCACCGCCUCCUUCAAGAAAUCGAAUGAAGGGUCGAUUGAAUGCGAAAGCUAUGCCAACCCUCAACCCUGGUGGAGGAAUUCGAGGGACGAGAAUACAAGGAAUGCAGGGUAAUAUUGGAGAUCUCAACAGGAGGAUUACUGAUCUCAAGAUGGAAGGAGGUACCCCAAGACAGACAAGUCUGUCAGAUCUUCAGUUAAGGCUACAGCCUCUGAGUGAACCUAGAAGGGAUAGUAAUAGUACUGUGAGUACUUAUUAUGGUAGCAUGAGAUCCACAGACUUUGGCAGCAGGAGGAGCAGUCAAGCAAGUGCUAUAAGUGCUGUAAGAAUAGGUCCAGCCGGUCCCGGAAGCUUUUAUGAUCCAAUUAGUCCGGGAACAUCGAGGAGAAGUAGCCAAAUGAGCACCACUUCCGGUAGAGUUAAUGCCACUGGUCCUCUACCAACGCCAUAUAAUACUAACAACCUUGUUGUGCAAACGCAGAACAUGUCUCUACAGGGAACGCAAGGCAUGCCCAAUGAAUGGACGUCCAACCAUUGUCUCCCUCAACCUUCUGGAGAUCGAAGAAUGUCUGAACCCACCCGUGGAUAUCAAGCUCAAAGAACUUCGCCUCCGGUACCACCAAGACCAAGAUCCGCUCAACUACCUGAACUCCAUCCAAAUCAAGAAGUUGUUUUAGAUGAAGUCGGAGAGGGUGAAAUGGUGGAGAAUAAAUUGGUCAUUCCCGAUGAAAUGAUGCAGUACCUGAAUGAAGUCCAAGCCGGUAGUAAUCAAAUGAGCUAUCGUAGUAGCCCCCUACCUAUUUGUCAAUCACCAAUUUGUACAAAUCAUCUCCAUUAUCAACGUCAGCAGCAAACUUGUAAUUAUAACAAUCAACAUAAUCAGCCUCAAUCUUGCUAUCCCCAACAAGUGCAGCCACAAGUACAGACACAACCACAACAAAACCUUCAAUCUAAUUGCCACAAUUAUCAAGCUCCAUCACCAGCUUAUUCUCAUUGUCCAAGUUCACGUAUGAGUCAAACAUCCAAUUAUUGUCCACCUCAAAAUUAUGGUCAAGUUCAAUCAUGCAAUUCACAAAUGCAACCAAGUCCAGUCAGUCAAGUGAUGUCACCAGGAUCACACUAUGCUCCAAGUCAAAUCAGUGAUCAACCAAUGACGUCACCAGCAGCAGGUUCACUUCCACCUCAACAUGGAUUGCCGCAAAAUCUUCAACAAAACUCAGCACAAAUGACACGAAACUGUAACCAACAAAAUCAUCAAAUGUAUUACCCAACCUACGGUUGUACGGGUCAAAUUAACACUAAUUGUGGAGCUCAACAAACUCAUUCCAAUGCUCCGAACUGUUUUCCGGCAGCACAUGUCACUGGGCCCGUUCAGUCUUGUAAUCAAAUGAGAAAUUGUCCACAAAUGUCACCUCAUUGUACACAAAUGGGCAAUCCUGGUACGAGAAUGAACAUGCAUAAUAAUCAAUGUGGACAAUCAGGACAAAAUCAAUGUCAAAGAAUUAAUCACAUGCCAAGUGAUCAAUUGACAAUGAGGAAUGUAAUGCCAGGAAAUGAUCAAAUUACUGGUAAUGUUGGUGCAAACGGUCCAGCUAUUGGACAGUGUCCUUCGACAAUGCAACAUUGUGCUUCUGGCGCAGUUAAGCCUCUUACAAAUAUGCAAGCUAAUCCAGCUCAACCAGCACCAGCGGCUAAUAUGCAAUGUCCGCAGAUGGGAACAAACUGUGUUCAUCCUGGUCUUCAUUCUCCAAGACAUGGUCAUACAACUCAAGUUAAUAACAUGGCAAAAGGAGCAACUUCUUUGUGCUCUCGGCAAAAUAAUUGUCGAGUUCAGGCAUGCGGAUGUGAAUCUCAAGGAACUCAAAACCAGUAUGGCUGUAAUUGUCAAUGGAAUUAUGCAAACGAGUGCUACAAUAAUCAUUCGAUGGGUGAAAUUCAGUGUAGAGACAUUAGCCAAUCUCAGCAAGGAUCACCUGUAAAGCCGCCGCAAGGAAUGCGUCAAGAUUCAUACAGAAGAACAUUAGAAUAUGUGCAACAGUGUAGAAAUUGGUCUGGAAAUGCUCAAAUGCAUGAAACGAAUGUUUCUAGUUCAACACAUCCACUAUCAUUGCCUCAACCACUUCCAGCAAGUUCUAACAUGGUAGUUAACGACAUGACGUCUUCAUUGAGUUCCUUGCUGGAAGAAAAUAGAUAUUUACAAAUGAUUCAAUAAAUUUCUUUGCAUAAUUAUGGGAAAUUAUCCUUUAGAAUUGGAAUUUAAAGUGUAAAAAAUGUUAGAAAUUUAUUUAAUUGACUACCUCGCGGUGGCAUGUGCCUUUUACGCAACCCAGUGCCUUGGUAACUUAAUUUAUUUUAAUAAAUUGUAAUUUGAUUAAUAGCUCUAUUUGAUAGCAAGAAAUUUUUGAAAUUAAAAAAAAAAAAAAAAAUCCAACAAAUGAAGAGAAUUAAGUAAAAAUACUCAUAUAGAUAAGAUGAAAAAUUUUUGAUAAAAAUAUUUAAAUUGUUUAAAUAAAUAAAAUAAUGAUGUUAGCAUUUAUAUGAUGAUGACUGGCAAAUUUUAAUGACAGUUAUGUAAAUUUUGAGCUCAGUGAAGAGUGUACGAUGUACGCUGUGAUACACAAAAAAAUACAAAUUAUUAUUAUCUAUUUUUUUUAAGGUUUUAUAAACUUUUUAAGGAUAAAAUUAAGUACUAAAAUUAAUAGUAUUAAGAAUAACUGCAUAUAUGACAAGAAGAAGGCCAAUAUUAUUUUUUAAGAUGUGUAGAUAAUUGUGUAGAAGAUUUUUUUUUUUUUUCUCAACCUAAAAGAAGAUAAUGAGAAAAUGACUGUCAUUGUAUGUAAGAAUUAUAGAACAACAUACUCAACAAUAUAAUAUUUAAAUACAAGAGACAAUAGUUUCUUUUGAACAUUAUCGGUUUGACCGUAUUUCAAUAUCUUAAGCAUUUAAAAGUCCUUGAAAUAUGUUUGGAGAGUUAGAGACUUAGAAGUACCUAGCUACUUUUUUUGUUACACAAUCAUUUUUGUAUGAAUUUUAUUAUACAAUGUAGAAAACUAGAACAUUUUUUGUGAAUAUUUAUACAUAUCUCAUACAUGAAUUCUUGCAUGAAUGAAGUAACAAAUGU